AGGCCCCUAAACCAAACACACCCUAUGAAAUGGAGGAAGUACUAUGUUGAGAAAAUGUUAUUCAACAGAGCCGAACCCAUCUCCAUUUCAUUUUGCGAAUCACCCUCGGCGAGACCCGGACCCGGACCGGAGCACCAUCCGUCUCCGGCAUCUUAACCCGCCGUCCGUGCCCCGUCGCCCACUGCUCAUCCCCGCCGCGAUGGGGAGCGUAGACCUGGUGCUGAAGUCAGCGUGCGAGGGCUGCGGCUCCACGUCGGACCUCUACGGCACUGGGUGCAAGCACACCACGCUCUGUAGCUCCUGCGGCAAGUCCAUGGCGCUUUCCCGCGCCCGAUGUCUCGUCUGCUCUGCGCCCAUCACGAACCUCAUCCGGGAAUACAAUGUGCGGGCAAAUGCCAGCACAGAUAAGGCAUUCUCUAUUGGAAGAUUUGUAACUGGUUUGCCGCCAUUCUCAAAGAAAAAGAAUGCUGAGAACAAAUGGUCUCUUCAUAAAGAAGGCCUGCAAGGACGGCAGCUUACUGACAAAAUGCUGGAGAAAUACAACAGGAAGCCAUGGAUUUUGGAAGAUGAAACUGGUCAAUAUCAGUUUCAAGGUCACAUGGAGGGAUCACAGUCAGCAACAGCUACAUACUAUUUGUUAAUGUUGCAUGGCAAGGAAUUUCACGCAUUUCCUGCUGGUUCCUGGUAUAACUUCAGUAAAGUUGCGCAGUACAAGCAGCUGACUCUGGAAGAGGCCGAGGAGAAGAUGAACAAGAGAAAGACUAGUGCAACUGGUUAUGAACGUUGGAUGAUGAAAGCAGCUACAAAUGGGCCAGCUGCCUUUGGUUCAGAUAUGAUGAAACUUGAGCCUGCUAACGAUGGGGAAAAAGAAAGUGCUCGUCAUAAGAAGGGGAAAGAUAAUGAGGAGGGUGGUAAUUCUGAUAAAGGUGAGGAGAAUGAAGAAGAGGAAGCCGGUCGUAAAGAUAGGCUCGGGCUCUCUAAAAGGGGCAUGGAUGACGAUGAGGAAGGUGGAAAAGAUCUAGAUUUUGAUUUGGAUGAUGACAUUGAGAAAGGUGAUGACUGGGAACAUGAAGAAACAUUCACCGAUGAUGACGAGGCUGUGGAUAUCGACCCAGAGGAGCGGGCAGAUUUAGCUCCUGAAAUUCCUGCUCCACCUGAAAUUAAGCAGGAUGAUGAAGAGAAUGAGGAAGAAGGUGGCCUGAGCAAGUCAGGAAAGGAAUUAAAGAAGCUGCUUGGUCGUUCUUCUGGACAAAAUGAGUCGGAUGCCGAUGAUGAUGAUGAUGAAGAUGAUGAUGAUGAGUCAUCUCCAGUGCUUGCUCCAAAGCAGACGGAUCAACCAAAAGAUGAACCUGUUGAUAACAGCCCAGCCAAACCUACACCUUCAUCAGGACAUGCUCGUAGCACACCUCCUGCAUCGAAAUCCAAGCAAAAGAGGAAAUCUGGUGGUGAUGAUGCCAAAGCAUCUAGCGGUGCUGCUUCAAAGAAAGCAAAGGUGGAAUCUGAUACAAAAACAUCAAGUAUCAAAGAGGAGACACCAUCUUCCUCAAAACCUACACCGAAGGCCUCUGCUUCAUCAAGAAGUGCCAAUGUAUCUCCUGUGACAGAGGGUGAGAUCAGGACUGUUCUUCUUGCAAUGGCUCCUGUCACUACACAAGAUUUAGUCUCCAGAUUUAAGUCUAGACUACGAGGUCCAGAGGAAGAAGCUAUUGCUGUUAAUGACUUGGCAUCCAGGCUUGGACACAGUCACAAAGUCCACAAGAGUAUCGUGCAUCGGUGCAUGGACGCUAUCAGGCUCCCCAUCCACCACCUUCAGGACAAGAACGCCUUUGCUGAAAUUCUGAAGAAAAUUUCGAAGAUACAGAAGACUAAUGGCCACAACUAUGUUGUCCUUAGAGAGGAUAAGAAAUGAUGAGCUCAAAAGUGGCGAUUUCCUUCAUUGCAAAGUAUCCUCUUGUGUCUUCCUGGGGAUAAUAGUUUUGUACUGUAUUAUAUUAGACGAAUUUGGUCUUCUGACAAGUAUAUGCCGAACUUCUACCCUUCUACUAGAAAUCAAAUAACUAGUUAGUGCCUGUUCGGAACCUCUCCAGUCUUGAAACUCCGCUCCGCAUGAUGAGCUCGGUUUGAGCCACUCCCUGCAAUUGUGCUACAGCUGCCUCCGCUCUGGGAGCUGCAGUUGUGGAGCGGAGAGCACCCGAACAGGGCCUUAGUAUGUUGUCAUCUCCUGGAGUUACUCUAGAAGUUGGGAAUUACAAGGUUAUGAUGAUGUGUGAGAAGAGGUAUAUUGAUGCCAAGACAGUGUUUUCCGUUUGACCAGGUUCUUUAAACCUAUGAAUCCAAAGAGUAAAAUCUAUAACGAUGCUCCUAAGAGUAAAGUUUCA